AUCAAUUAUCGAAAUGUAAAUAGUUUUGUGAGAACUCUGACUACUGUAUUUUCUAAAAAGAAAAUCAUUUGGAAGUUUUCAAAGUAGUUGAUUGUGAUAGUUUUUGUGAUAUUUUCAGGUCUCUGAAAAUGGUGAUUGUAAAAUUCUGUAUAAUAUACUCACUACUUUUUAUGCAGUUUCAGGCCCAAUCAAUAGAUGAAUCUCUAUUGGACUUUCUGAAGGAGUGGAUAGCAACAACAGAAAAAAUUGUAGACGACGGUCUUCUCUUCAUCAAAAACAUAUCACGAUAUUUACAUAACAAUUUGGAACUCUCUUUAAAUCAAUUCGUCACGAUCAACAGAUUAGGGGUUAAUUUCAUCUGGAGUAAAAUUGAAAGUGAACUGAUGUCAAUUAAACAAAAUGCCAAUACCGAUCUUCAACUAGUCAUAGAUUGUAUAAUAAACAAUAAAGGUGCUCUAAAAGAUGUUCCUCUUCAAACCUCAUCGAAUAUCGCAAGAUGCAUCGCAGGAAAUACGAUUCCAAUAACUAAUGUCACUCAAUUCAUUUGUAGUGAUCUACAAAGAGUUCAAAAAGAAGUUAGAGCAGCGACAGGUCAACUAAAAAAAUGUACGGGCACAAUUGAGAAGGUAUUCAACUGCACCGUUGAU